AUGAAGAGCAGUGUUAGCCAGCACACUUAUUGUCCCAGAAUCAGUCGAAAGGUGAAGCGAUAUAUGUUUCUCUGUUUGAUAACUGUCACCAGCAUUGCCGUCCUGGUUGUUAUUGGAAAGAAGAAUUUGGUGUAUAGCAGACUAUUUAAGAACGGUGUGUUCUAUUUUGAUUCAACAGUUUAUGAUGGCGAACCUGAUAAACAGAGCCAUGGUAUGACAAGCACGCGUGAACAGAUAUGGGCAACGACAGGUAAGCAAGGUCUAGGGGACGUGCGAAGUAAUGCCCAAACAAUGAGUCCUAAUUACAACGUCAGAGGAAUGCACACUGGAAGUGUCAAUGGUGAUGAAAUUGAGGCGGCAUUUAUAAUGGCGGAUAAUGAACAAAGUAGCACACAAAACAAUUACCACAAAUAUGUUGUUCCGAAUGCUGCAGAUGUGUCCAAUGUUCGUAACACGUGGAAGAAGGAGGGUGAGUCAUUCAAUACGGCAGAGACAAUAGACAAACUCGAUACCAGUGAUACCCAUCAAAACACGGGUGAGACGGAUAGUUUACGUCAACGAGUGAAAUUCGAAGAGACAGAUAUCACAGAAGAAAAUAAAAAUGAUAAGAGUGUUACCGCUAGACAUGCAGCCAUAGUUUUAAAAAAAGAUCCUGUCAGCGUACAAAACCAGAAUGAUAACGUUGUCGGCAAGGUAAAUCGAAUUGAAAACGAUGCAUUUAAAGACAAUGUCAAUCCGGAGGGGAUGAUCGAUAAUCUGCUUGACUGGAGCGACAAUGUUAAUUUGGAGAACUUACAGGGAAAAAAGAAUAUACAAGAAACACUCAACAAACGUAUAGGAAAGAACACGCAAAAAACACAGAACACGAAAAAUUCACAGAAUACACAGGAAACAGAGCAUACACAGGGAACACAGAAUACACAGGAAACAAAGCAUACACAAGGAACACAGAAUAUACACGGAAUACAUAACAAGUACGAAACACAAAAUGCGCCAGAAGAGACAAUCAAUAUACUGGACAGGACAAGCAAUACACAGAGCAAAGCCAACAAUAAUCAGAGCGACACCGACAAUACUGGAGUAAAUAUGGAGAAUGGAAAGGAUGCUGCAACGGAGCGUGAUAUGAACAAAGAAGAAAGUCAUACACAUGUGCUCCUCCUCACGUACCUCCGUAGUGGGUCUACUCUGACGGCCGACAUCAUACAACAGGUCCCCGGGGUGUUCUACACUUAUGAACCGCUGAAGCCUUACUUACAGUCACGUACCGUCAAGCGCCCGGAGGAUAUAGGAUACUUCACUAUGAACGGCAUCUGUUCAAUUUCUAACUCAUCAUGCAGGCCACCCCGUCAAACAUCGGAACAGACGCAGAUGAUCGUAGCUGACAUCGUCCGUUUCUACAGCUGUGACCUGACCCAUUUUAAUCGAGCCUUUAUGUGGAGCCAUUAUGGUAAGGCUGUUGCACAAUAUCACAUGUGUGUAAAGACUUCCGCAAAACUUAAAACAAGGAAAGAGAUAUGCUUAAAACAGUGCUUUGAAUCGACAAAAUCUAUAAAAACGAUUCGCUUGUCAAUGGAUAUUGUGGAGACAUUACUGCAGAAGGUUACUAAUCUGAAGGUGGUUCACCUGCUUCGCGAUCCACGAGGAAUGAUUUAUUCUCGGAAACGGGGAGGCUUCGUGAAACCAUGGAUGAAUUUAACAACCGUUGCACGAUCAGUGUGUGAACGGUUCGAACGUGACAUAGAAGUAGCCAUGAAGCUCAAGCAGAAGUACCCUGGACGACUGAAAACGUAUCUGUAUGAACAGAUCGCCGAACAUCCUAAAUCGGCAUCAGACAGUUUAUUUAAUUUCUUGGGAUUGGCGGCUACAGAUAACUUCAAUAUGUGGUUACACAAUCACACGGCUGCAGGCAAUCGGAGCUCCUAUUAUGGUACCAGCCGACCAAACUCCACCAUUACCGCUUCUGCAUGGAGACUGAAAAUGCCAUAUAAGGAAGUUACCCAAAUUGAUAGCGAAUGUACAAAAUAUUAUAAAUACGCUGGGAUCUUAACAGCUAAUUCAACAAACGCACUCACAGAUUUAAGUUUUCAGCUGCGAUCAAAUAGUCCAUUAUUUGGGGAUUUUUUAUAGAUUAUAAACGCCAACCACGGUUAAUAUAUUGCAUGAUCUUCAUUGUGGUGAAGGAGGCAAUUAUAUGGCAACAACAAAAACAGAAACCAUGAGUGUUUGUAUUGUUUCUUAAUUUUUAGAAGACAAAAUAAAUAUUGAAGUGACAUUCAAACAAUACCAUCUAUAUACAAACAUACAUGAAAUCAAACACAUACAUAAGUGUGUAUUUUAUGCAAUAUGUGUUUUUUAAUAUAAAAAAAGUUAACUUGAUAAUCCUGAGUAGUGUUUCUAUUAAAUUUGGUAAAAAUGUAGCAUAGAGCUCGGAAUAAUAAAUUGCCUAAGUGUUUAACUGUUCGUCUUCCACAUAGGGUUGGGUACUACAUGUAUUGCUACGGAAACACUCGGUUGGAGAUUAUUGAACAAUAAAAAAAAUCCAUCCAUUGAGUUCAAAACCAUUGGUUUUCUAUUCAGAUGUAGAUGAACGGAUGUAAAAUAAAUAGGAGUAGUUGUUCUGGUAUAUCAUUAUUACUUUGCUAGGGUAUUUAUAUAAUCCCACAACUGAUACCAUUUUUGUUAACAAAACUCACAAACAUGGCAGUCAGUGGCGUCAUAUAAUGUAGAAUAAGGUGCUUAAGAUCUCGAUUACGCAUUUGAAUUUCAGCUCUUCUUCGUUAAGUGAUAUUUUACUUGAUGCUUUAAAAUGUAAUAAAUA